UAAAUUUGACCCAGAGAUCGAGAAAACUACUCGUAGACUCCGAAAAGAAACCAAGCAACACAAGGAAGAGGCUUCUACUUCUUCCAAACCAGCAGCAGACUCUGAGUUAGACGUGUCCACGUCUAACAACUCUAAAGACGAAGUCAUGGCCCAAAAUCCCGAACGAACGAUCAAAGAGAUGACUUCGCUUGACUUAAAUCAACAACCACUCUGCAUUGAAUAUCCUAAUUUAGAUGUUGAUUUUGAACUUAAAUCCGGUCUCAUCCACUUACUUCCCAUUUUUCGUGGCCUUGCAGGUGAAGACCCACACAAACACCUCAAAGAAUUUCAUGUGGUGUGUUCCGGCAUGAGACCUCAAGGAGUCACCGAAGAACAAGUCAAGCUAAGAGUUUUUCCAUUCUCAUUGGGCGAUAAAGCAAAGGAUUGGCUCUACUCCUUACCUUCGGGAUCUAUUGUUAGUUGGAACGAGCUCAAGAAACUAUUUCUUGAGAACUACUUCCCUGCUUCAAGGACUACAAACAUCCGAAAGGAAAUAAGUGGAAUACGCCAAUUCUCUGGUGAAAGUUUCUAUGAGUAUUGGGGAAGAUUCAAACAAUUGGUGGAGAGUUGCCCUCAUCACCAAAUUCCCGACCAUCUUCUAAUUCAAUAUUUUUAUGAAGGAUUGUCUGAGGCAAAUAGAAGCUUGGUGGAUGCAGCUAGUGGAGGUGCUUUGUAUGACAAAACUCCUACGGAAGCACGCAAACUAAUCACAACCAUGGCGGCUAAUAAUCAACAAUUCGGUAAUAGAAACGACAACUCCCCACAAAGGGUAAACGAGGUAAGUACUUCUCUUGAUGAACGUUUGGAUAAACUUACUUCUCUUGUUGAAAAAUUUAUAGGGGGAAGCAUUCAACAAGCCAAAACUUGUGGGAUAUGUACAUCUUCGGGACAUUACACCGACGCUUGUCCUACACUUCACGAAGAAUCAACCAAACAUGCUGACGCCGUUGGUGGAUUUUUUGGGCAACAACAAAGGAGACAUGACCCAUUUUUCAAUACCUACAACCCUGGAUGGAGAGAUCACCCAAAUUUGAGGUAUGACAAUCAACCUCAAAACUUUCAAAGAGUCCACCACCACCACCUCAAGCCAAUCCCAAUAAUGGUAUGCCUCUGGAAGAUAUCGUGA